GUGAUUCGCCGGUCCUCCGCCUCCGCCUCCGGCGUCACCCUUUCGGCUUUCGCCGGUGCUGUCAGAGAUGGGCCGUGCUCCGGCGAGCCGGAAGCCCUCGCCGCCGCCGCCUCCUCCUCCACCUCCGGGCCGUUGCCACUUCUGGCUCCCGAUCAAGCGCCGCCACUGCGCCAAUUCACCCCUCCCAGCCUCUCAGUACUGUGGGAACCACCUCCCUGAUUGCGCCUCCGAUGCCGGUGCGCCCUCCCGCCGCCGCGUGCCUUGCCCCGUCGACCCCUCGCACACCGUGCUCGAGGAGAACCUGGAGGCGCACGUCAGCAAGUGCCCCCUCAGGAAGCACGCCGCUGCGCUUGCAGCGCAGCCAUUCUACUCCAAGGGCAUCAACUCUGGUGUGGGAGAAGGCGGUGGGGGCGUCACCUCUGCCGCCAAGCGCGCCGCGGUGCACAAGCUGGUUGAGGAUGAACUGCGAGCCUUGGUUGAGAAGAUCAAGUCGGUGCACGCGGCGGCGGCGGUGGCAAUGCGCGAGUCAUACCUUGUUACAGAUACUUGCGACAGUUGGAUGAGGAACCAGGUUGAUAGGAAGGUGCCAUACCAGGAAAAGCAUGUCAAGCAGCAGGCAUCCAUCAUUGGCAACAUGGAGGCAUUUGGUUUGCUGCGGAAGGGAGGUGUGGAGGAGGCGGCGGAGGAGAAUGCUGCGGAAAAUGCUCCAGCAGUGGUGGAGUUUGGAGCAGGCAGGGGGUAUUUGACACAGAUGCUGGCAGACUGUUAUGGGAUUAAGAAUGUUUUCUUGGUUGAGAGAAGGUCAUACAAGCUCAAGGCUGAUCGAAGUUUGCGACAAAAUGAAGGCAUUACUCUGAAGCGUUUGAGAAUUGAUAUUGAAGAUUUGAACCUUCAAGGAAUAGAGGCUUUGAGUGGGUGUCAGUAUCUAGCAAUUGGAAAGCAUCUAUGUGGACUGGCAACAGAUAUGACCAUGAUGUGCUGCCUUCAUGAACGGUAUAACCAGGCACAAUAUAAAGAUCAUGGCAAAAAUAAUCUAUGUGGCCUUGCUUUGGCCACCUGCUGCCACCAUCUCUGCCAAUGGAGUCACUAUGCAAAUAAAACUUUCCUCCAAAACUUAGGGAUUACAGAGGAAAACUUCCAUGCCAUGACAUGGUUUAGCAGCUGGGCUGUGGAUGGUGAUCACAGUUCCCAGGAUUCCUCUUUGGACGUUGAAGACUUGUCUCCAGAAGAUAGGUAUGAAAAAGCAGAUAAGCCUGGUGUGGAGGCUAGCGGGAUCGACAAACUCAUCCGAAGUAUACCAGCAGGGGAGAGAGCUGCCUUGGGGUUUAUGUGUAAAGAUAUUAUCGAUACCGGGAGGCUGCUAUGGCUUAGAGAGAAGGGUCUAGAUGCAGAUCUUGUGAGCUACGUCCCAUCAAAUAUUUCUCCAGAGAAUCACUUACUCGUUGCAAAAUGUACGUCCUGAUCGGGACCAAAAAAAAAAGCUUACGUGUUUCAUUUCAAUCCUGAUCAAGUUCGCAAAUUUUGGUUGCAUAUUUUAUGUCGUGUUGUUCAUCAGUUCUGUGAAAAAAUAGGGGGGGCAAUGCAAAAACAUCCGGAGAGCAUGUUACAUCUCCAUGUGAAAUUUCAGUAUCGAAUCAUCUCA